GAUUGUUUCCCACUACAACGGAAAGAAUUUAAUGAAAUGGAUCCAGUCCCUUCGAUAGCUACCAUAAAAGAAAACUGGCCAUACAUUUUCCAUGAAGAAUGCUUGAUUCAGCAUUUUCUUCAAUCGACUAAAAUUAAGGAAGAUUCCUUUUUAAAAAACUUUAACGAAUCCAAGGACCUAACACUCAAGUUUUUCGAAACCAUGUAUAACAAGGAAACUAAGAAAGACUUCGAAAAAGAAGAAUGCUCUGAAAACAUAAUAAUACGAAGUGUUCUAAAAUACUUCAAUGAAAAUGAAAGUUAUUUAUUCCACAUCUUUGAGAUUGGAACAACACUGCAAGAAGUUGUGGGCAGAAUUCCAACUAACACUCCGCUUAUUGCAUUUGUUAGUAAGUUCUUUUGCACUCAUGUAAUUUGAACA